AUGAAAAUCAAGGAGGGUUCUUUGUCCAAACAGCAAAUUUCCGACAAUAUUCGUGAAGAGAAAAUUAACAAAUUAUCUUUAGAGUUACGAGAAUGUGUGGUAAAGAAAAAACGUGAAUUUGAACAGAGUUAUCGAAAUGACUGUGAAACUUUUGGAUUUGUUACUCAAAAACUUGUUGAAAAGGACAAAACUUUGGAGGAUCGUUUGAAAGUUGCUCUUUUGGAAACUAUGAAAGAUUUACAAAGUGAAACAAUGAAGAAAUUUGAUGAAUUUCUUGAUCAGAUUUAUAGUUUCAAUUGCAAUUGA